UCUAACAUAUGCAGAUGAGAUAUGUUUAGUAAUAGGUUGUAUAAGUCAUGAUGUAGGACAUCCAGGAUUAACAAAUCAAUAUUUAAUUAAUUGUAAAUCUCCAUUAGCAAUAACAUAUAAUGAUAUAUCUGUCUUAGAGAAUUAUCAUGCAGCAUGUUGUUUUCGUACUGCUGCUCAUCAUAAUAAUAAUAUAUUCAAGGGAUUAAGUAAACAAAUCUAUCAAUAUAUUAGACAACAUACUAUUGAGCUUAUACUUGCUACGGAUAUGAAGCAACAUUUCGAUUUUAUUUCUCAUUUAAGGGUUCGUCGUCAUACACCAAACUUUAAUAUAAUAGAAACAAAUGAGGAUAGAUGGAUGGUAUUUAAGGCAUGCAUAAAGGCAGCAGAUUUAGCGCAUGCAGCUACUAAUUGGGACCAACAUAAACAAUGGUCAGAAAGAUUAGCUGAAGAAUUCUAUCUACAGGGUGAUGAGGAGAAGCGUUUAGGUCUUCCUGUCUCAAAUCUUUGUGAUCGAAUGCGCAAAAAUGAAUUCAGUCGUUCACAGGCGGGCUUCCUAAAAGUAUUAGUUGAGCCAUUAUUCACGGAGGUAGCAGCAGUAGUACAGACACCAGAAGGAAAAGCAAGACAAAAUAUUAUUUGUAAAAAUAUAAAAAUAAAUAAAGAAAAUUGGGAUUUAAUUGAUCAGGCAAGAGUAGCAGCAGAAAGGGAGAAUUCUAAUCCAUGA